AUGACUUCGCAAACGCGCGCCCUGAUCUUACUUCUAGUAGCUUCUCUCCCGCUGGCGAGCGCACAAUUCAAUUUCUUUGAUCAUAUGUUUGGGCAUCCCCAACAGCCGCAGCCGCAACAACAACAACAACAACAACAACAAAGAGGACCUUCUCAAUGGAUGGCGCAUUCGGAAGCUCUCUCAUGCUCCCAAUACCUCUGCCCAGGUACCCUGUCGUGUGUCAAGAGACCGGCUGAUUGCCCAUGUCCCAAUGCAGAAGAUAUCAAGUGCUCUGUCCCGGACGCUGUGGAAACAGACGCUGCAACGGUUGUUUGCGUGAGGGGAGUGGAGGAGUGUGCGUCAGUCGAACGGCUGAUGCGUUCAUAUUCAACAUGA